GGGGCGGGUGGCGCUGGGGGCGGGUGGCUGCCAGUGCUGAGCCUGACCUAGGCCUGCCGUGUGGGGCCAAACGCCUAUCUUCUCCCCAGCAGGCGCCAUGCCGUUAAGUGGCAUCAGGGUCCUGGAGCUGGCCGGCCUGGCCCCCGGGCCGUUCUGCGGGAUGGUCCUGGCUGACUUCGGAGCCCAGGUGGUGAGCGUGGACCGGCCGGACACCCCCAGCUACGCCAAAGGCCUGGCCCGCGGGAAGCGCUCGCUGGUGCUGGACCUGAAGAGGCCGCGCGGAGUAGCUGUGCUGCGGCGUCUGUGCACCCAGGCCGACGUGCUGCUGGAGCCUUUCCGCUGCGGUGUCAUGGAGAAACUCCAGCUUGGGCCAGAGACUCUGUUGCAGGAGAAUCCAAAGCUCAUCUAUGCCAGGCUGAGUGGAUUUGGCCAGUCUGGAAGAUUCUCCAAGGUAGCUGGCCAUGACAUCAACUAUAUGGCUUUGUCAGGUGUUUUGUCAAAGAUUGGUGAUGGUGAGAAACCAUACCCUCCGCUGAAUCUCCUGGCUGACUUUUGUGGUGGUGGCCUCAUGUGCACACUGGGCAUUGUGCUGGCUCUUUUUGAACGCACACAUUCUGGGAAAGGUCAGGUCAUUGAUGCAAGCAUGGUAGAAGGAACCGCAUAUUUAAGUUCUUUUCUUUGGAAAACUCAACAACUGGGACUAUGGGACCAACCUCGAGGUCAGAAUCUGUUAGACGGUGGGGCACCUUUCUAUACAACUUACAGGACAGCAGAUGGGGAGUUCAUGGCUGUUGGAGCAAUAGAACCUAAGUUCUACCAGCUGCUGAUCAAAGGACUUGGACUCAAUUCUGAUGAACUCCCCAGCCAGAUAAGCACAGCAGAUUGGCCAGAAAUGAAGAAGAAAUUUGCAGACGUGUUUGCAAAGAAGACCAAGGCCGAGUGGUGCCAGAUCUUUGAUGGCACAGAUGCAUGUGUGACUCCAGUGCUAACCCUUGAGGAGGCCUUCCACCACAGUCACAACAGGGAACGGGGCUCCUUCAUCACUGACAAGGACCAAUAUUCAAGUCCCCGCCCUGCACCUCAGCUAUCCAGAACCCCAGCUAUCCCUUCAGUUGAAAGGGAUCCUUCUAUAGGAGAACACACUGAAGAGAUACUUAAAGAAUUUGGGUUCAGCCAAGAAGAGAUUCAUCAGCUGUACUUAGAUAGGAUCAUUGGAAGUAAUAAGCUGAAAGCUGUCCUCUAAUUUUCAGGCUCACAGCUCAAGUGAAUUUGAAUGCUGAAUUUGUGCUGGGGAAUGAUGCCCAAAAUUAUAUGUAUGAAAAUGCAGAAUAGUAAUGAAGCAAUCCAACUAUUCCAAUCAAGGCACAACUAAAAACUGAUUAUGUAGUAAUACUUGAGUCUGAAAAUGAUUUAUCAGAAAGUCUGAGAAAUUUUUUGUGUACUUUAUAUAAAUUUGUGGCAGUUUUUCUGCCUAUCAUUUCACCUGAUAAAAUAUAUUUAUUGCUAUUAAAAUGCUUAUAUAAAUAUUGCUGUAAUGUAUUUUGAAUGAAUUAAUAUAAUUUUAUUAAAGCCCUUUUCCAUCCUGGAA